AUGCUCGCCUCUAUUACUACUAUUGUUGCUGUUAUCGCCGGCCUCGGUCUUACUGCACCUACUGCGCAGCCGGAAAAGAGAUGGAAUUAUGGUGAUAUGAUGGCCCAGGCCGUUGCUGAUGACGCUGCUGUCUACGGCAAAGCGAAUAGCGAUGCAUGGAAAUGGAAGCCCAUGCCCGAGUACACAAAGUGGAACACAAAUACAAAUACAAACUGGAACACCCAAGGACAACGCAAAUACAACAGCCCUACAGUUGAAUAA